UUCUCACAGCUAAAAGAGGGAAAUUUGUAAAAAUAAAAAUAAAAAUAAAAGGCAGUUUAGCUUUUCAUGUAUAUAUAAAGUGACAAGUUCCUGGAACCAGCUAAGUGGGAGAGAAAAUGGUGUUCUGGAGAGUGUUAAUUGCUGGGGUUCUAGUUUCCUGGGUGGAGAGUGUUGCUGGUGGUAAUUUGCCACCAUGUGAAUUCCCUGCAAUUUACAACUUUGGUGACUCAAAUUCAGACACUGGAGGCAUAUCAGCUGCUUUUGAACCAAUUCGAGCUCCAUAUGGUGUGCCGUAUUUUCACAAGCCAUCUGGUAGAGACUGUGAUGGCCGCCUCAUCAUAGACUUCAUAGCUGAGCGAGUAAAAUUGCCAUAUCUGCAUGCUUACUUGAAUUCCUUGGGAGCAAAUUUCAGGCAUGGGGCAAAUUUUGCAACUGGAGGAUCAACCAUUAGGAGGCAGAAUGAGACGAUUUUUGAGUAUGGGAUAAGUCCAUUUGCUGUAGAUAUGCAGAUUGUGCAGUUUGAACAGUUUAAAGCAAGGGCCAUUGAAAUGUACAAUCAAGCCAAGGAUCCUUCUGAAAAGGAUAAACUUCCAAGACCUGAGGACUUCACCAAGGCGCUUUACACAAUUGACAUCGGCCAAAAUGAUCUUUCUGUUGGUUUUAGGAAAAUGAGUUUUGAUCAACUGCGUGCAGCAAUGCCAGAUAUCAUAAACCAGUUAGCAUCAGCUGUCCAACAUCUGUACCAGCAAGGAGGGAGAACCUUCUGGAUACACAACACGGGUCCGAUUGGUUGCUUGCCAGUGAACUUUUUCUACAUACAUAAUCCUGAGCCUGGAUAUGUUGACCAGUAUGGUUGUGUCAAGGGUCAAAAUGAAAUGGCUAUGGAAUUCAAUAGGCAGCUUAAGGACAGAAUCAUCAAGCUAAGAACAGAGCUCCCAGAAGCUUCAAUUACUCAUGUGGAUGUCUAUACUGCUAAGAUUUCAUUGAUUGGCAAUGCAAAGAAUCUUGGAAUGGCAGAUCCAUUAAAGGUCUGCUGCGGGUAUCAUGUCAAUUACGAUCACAUAUGGUGUGGGAACAAGGCAACCAUCAAUAAUACUGAAGUAUAUGGUGCUUCUUGUCAAAAACCCUCAACCUUUGUAAGCUGGGAUGGAGUUCACUACUCUCAGGCUGCAAAUCAGUUUGUUGCUGAUCAUACACUCAAUGCUUCAUUAUCAGACCCACCAAUUCCAAUCACUCAAGCAUGCCAUAAGCAGUAAGAGUAUGUGAUCGGGAAACCAGUGUUGAUUUGCAAUAGUGACUAGACCAACACUUUCCAUGUAUUGUAGAUCAGUUAAAUGUAAUUUAUCUCAACGUCAUAAUGAAAAGACCUUAAGAAGUUUUAAUAAUAUUGAGACCAAACAGAAAUAUUGUGUUUGAUUGGAGAUUUUGUGCUUCUCUUCUUAUGAUGCUGCUGGUGUUAAGCUGAUGCUUCAAUUAAUUAAGUUUCUCCAGGCAUGGUAGUGGAUCAAAUAUUUUAGUACUUUGACAGGGGAAAAGAAAAGCAU